AUCCGUGCCGAAGAGAAGAGAAGGAGAAGAGAAGAGGCGAGAGCGAGAGAGAGAGAGCGCGCCUCAGAGAGAAGAACCCGUCAUCCCCCCUCUCCCGGCCGCUUCUCUCGAUUUUGCGGGGCUCCCAUCUUCCUGCGCCACAUCCCCACCCCCACCCCCUGCCUCCCAUGGGCGACUAGGGUUUCCACCCCCCCGCGGGCCUCCUCCGCCUCCGCCUCCCACCUCUCUGUUCUCCCCCCCCCCCGCUCGCGCCGGCAGGGACGGCGCCGCGCCCGGCCCAGAUCCGGACGCCGCCGGACCCGGACCCGGCCCCAGAUCCAGUGGCCCGCCGCCGCGCCGACCUGACCUGACCUGAACUGAGAGGAUAAGUACUCAGAUGGAUUACAUCUCCCCUGAUAGAAGUCUGGAAGGGGCUUGUGGAGAUCCUGGACCUUUAUUUGGAGAUCAUGAUGGGAGCUUAUUGGAUCACAUGGGUUUCCAUGGGGAUCCACAGCAUGUAUCUCCACAGCUAAAUGAAGGGCUUUUAGUUGAUCCAACUGACCAAAUUUCAUAUUUGGGUGCUGAUUCUCUUCCCUUUAUGAAUGAUCAAAUCCCAUGCAAUACAAUGAAGUCUGCCUCGACUAGUCCAGCAUCUCCCCUGAAGCAAGCAGAUGACCAUCAUGUGCAUAUAGAUUCUGAUAUGGAAAAUGAUGCAGCUGAACAGAAUCUGCACAAUAGUUACUCUGAGGAACAAGCUACUUCUCUGGGCUACAACACAAAUCGGGCCACAGCAGUGGUUGAUGCUGAGCAGGCGACAGAACUUCAUGAAAGUAGUGGUAAUAAUGCAUCAAACUUCCAAGAAGAAACUACACAUUGUGAUACCUAUCUUGGUGACGCUAUGUUAAAUGAAAAUAGCAGUAGGGAUUACCAACUUAACAAUAGUGGUGUGGAUGAUGAUGAAAUUCCAAAUUCUUCUGCGCUUCAAAUGGAAAAUAUGGACAGCAGAGGGUUACAUGAGACUUCUCGCAGUGAAAAGUAUGAGUCAGAGGAUGAUCAAAUGAAUGGUAGGAAUUCUAGUCCUAGUGAUGAACGUGAUGAGAACUGCAACUCUGUGAUUGAGCCAUCUUAUUUGGAAGCAAUGGACAAGGAAAAUCCUGGUUCCAAAAAUGGCAUAUUAACACCAAGCAAUCAAUGGGAUUCUCCUCCUGAAAGUUCUGCAAGACAUGAAAAGGGAACACCAUCACCAGAUAGGAUGGUUUCGCUUCCAGCUGAGAGGUCUCAUACUCAUUCACCUAAGGAACUGGAGUCACCACGUGUUGAAAAUGAUGUUGGUAAAUUUGCCAGUCCUCAAAACUCACCAGCUAGACGCCGUUCCCGGUCUCUUGAAAAGCAUGAUUCCAACCACAGAAGGACUUCUUCACGUGAGUUAUCUCCGCAUGUUCGUCAAAACUCUCCAUCUCCUCCAGAAAAGAAAGCACGAAGGGAGCAUCGACAUGGAGAUGGGUCACCACGGCGAAGAUCUGUGUCCCCUAGAAGGGGUUUGCCCAAGAGGAGGGACUCACCAAGGAGGGAUUCACCAUCAAGGAGAAGGGACUCACCAAGGAGGAAAGACUCCCCAUCAAGAAGAAGGGACUCGCCAAGGAGGGAUUCCCCAUCAAGGAGAAGAGACUCACCAUCAAGGAGAAGGGACUCACCAAGGAGGGCAUCCCCAUCAAGGAGAAGGGAUUCACCAAGGAGGGACUCCCCAUCAAGGAGAAGGGACUCACCAAGGAGGGACUCCCCAUCAAGGCGAAGGGACUCACCAAGGAGGGCCUCCCCAUCAAGGAGAAGGGACUCACCAAGGAGGGACUCCCCAUCAAGGAGGAGGGACUCCCCACGAAGGAGGCAUAGGUCAAAAUCAAGGUCACCCUCGAGGAAAACUGAUGGCUCUAGACAUAGAAGGGAACAUGGUAGAUCUCGGUCAAGGUCUCCUCACUCAAGGAGUCACCAUAGACGAUCUCCAAGAAGGCAUUCACCCCGGCGCAGAUCAUCUCCAUCCAGUCAUCGUCAUCAUUCACCUAGAAGGCCUUGGUCACCACCUGCCAACAGGAAGACUGGAUUGGGUAAGCCUGGACGGAAUCUAUUUGUUGCAGGUUUUAGCUAUGCCACCACUGAGCGAGAUUUGGAAAAGAAAUUCUCUAAGUAUGGCCGUGUGACAAGUGCACGUGUUGUUCGGGAUAAAAGGUCUGGGGAUUCUCGAGGUUUUGGAUUCUUAUCUUUGGAGAAGGACGAGGAUGCUGAUGCAGCAAUUCGUGCUUGUGAUGAGACCGAGUGGAACGGUAGGAUCAUUCUUGUGGAGAAGUCAAAGGCACCGACGUGGUGAAUCUUACACCUUGGAGCUCCGCACAAAACAGCAUUGCUUCAGCUUGCACAGCUUUUGUCGCACCAAAGAUUUCCUAUUGACUAUAACAUAAAUUAUCUUUACAUAUGGCAAACUCACUUGAACCCAGCUAUUGUUGGUAUAUUAGGAGUAAGAGUCAUAAUGCACUUCCUAUGGCUACCUUGCUGACAAUUACAAAGAAUAAGAUGUUAUGUCACACCUUAGCUUGUUUCAGGGCCCUGCUGCUGAUAAGAGGGAAUUAGUACCUUUAAAUGUCUGCUACCUCUGCGCACAAGAUAUUAAUGCUCUGCCAGGUGUGCAACUGUGCAUGAGUCGUUCAUCUUCUUCAUGACCUGGCCAAGUGGUUAGCUCGACAGCAUUAAGGGGGUGAAUGGAAUUCAGAUCUGCGAGGCUCUGAUACUAAAACCAUUUAGUUGACUUUCCAAUAAUUUAUAAUGUAGGUUUCAACCAUCAUGUUUAUAUUUGCACCUUGUGAGGUAAAAAUGACACGUUUCUUUCUUCCUUCACUGUAGUCUGUUGUUUUGGAUUCUAGUUACUCCGUGCUCGAUAAUGGGUAUAGCCAACUUGUAUUUUCUUUUUAUUUGUCAUGGUUUCCUGUAUGUACCAUUCUGCUGAAUUCACAACUACCUAUGCCGGAAAAUCUUUGAGCCUCGCAGCUAGCUUCUUUUGUUUGGCACCGUAAAAUUGCU